AUGAGAUCCCAUUCCUUCCUGUCUGUCCUCUUCCUCUUAGUGAUGAUGAUGCCGAGAGGAAAGGCUGGCGUUGUCCCUGGGGAAAAGCAGUGCAUCCUGUUAAAAGGGGUAUGCAAAGACAUAUCGUGCACAUCCAUAGAUGACACUAUUGGCGUAUGUAACGACGAGAAGAAAUGUUGUAGGAGAUGGUGGGUGUUUGAUCCCUACCCAACGCCUGUUCCCAAAGGAAAGUCUCCUUAGAGGGAAGAACAUGAUAAGCCUUUCAAACUCCAGAAAAUGUGGACAAACGUUGUAGACUUCUGCUCACCUACACUCACCUUUUCUCUUGCCUGGAAAUAAAUAUCCUGAGUCCAAACUUCCUGGUUGCUGCAAGCCUUUUAAAAAUCUACCAGAAGUUAGCUAAAAGAACUGAGGGGGGACCCCUGGCUGCUUCAGGGUGUACUGGGACACCUCUGUUCAAUGUCCUCCUUUACGAUGUUUAAAACAGGGCUUGAGAAAUUAUUUGAGAUUUAUCAUAGCAAUACUGUCACCUCUAAAUUUAAUAAUAAUAAUAACUAGAAGAAAAUGUACAAGAAGAAUCUUAUACCCUGAAAAUAUUUAAGCAAAAUGAGCAUCCAAUUAAAGGAUCAAAGUGAAACUUUAAACGUGUAAAAUAAUGAAUAUGAAGUAGAUAAUGUUUGCUCGCCCACCUUGGGCAUGUCUGCAUUUCAUCUCUUUCAUUGGCUUCUGGAAGCGUAGCAUUUUUCUGGGCUGAGAGUGAAGCUCAGAAACAGGGCACUUGAUUAGCCCUGGCUCAAAACACUAAAAAUAAAUAUAAUUUUUACUGAGAUCACUUGGAGCAUAUGGGUAGAAGUCUAUCAAUCACGUGACCUUAUUGCCAGUGACCUGAGAGUUAGGCUUACGGUCCUUACUCCCUCUUCCAAACACAACUUCAAAUGACAUAAUCCAA